AUGGUUCUUGCAUUUCCUAUUUGGAAGAAUUGUUCCCUAGAGGUGAUUGACCCUACAACAUUCACUCCUUCAUGUUCUUCCAUCAUUUUACUCAAUGAAACCACUCUCUACACUCGUUACGAACCAAGUGUUGAAUUUUCAUUGUUUUAUCAGUUUUUUGAUACCAAAAGUUUUGAAUUGUGUUCGAAUGAGCAACAACAAGUAUCGUCAACCAACCUAUUAUUGUUGUUUUCCAAAUAUGGAAUUGAGAGUUGUGAACGUUUAUUUUGUGAGGAUUUUCCAAAACUCAUUAAUAAUUUUACUCUUUCGAAUGAUGAUUCAAAGAAGAAAAUUCUUGAUUUCGAUCUUUCCUUGUAUGUGAAACAAUAUUUAAAUGAUACGUAUGGCGUCACUUCUCUACGCAAUCAACAACGAGUCGCUAGUGAAUUUGCAUACAUGAUGAAUUACUGUCAAUAUUGUAAGAGAUCAGAUUUUAUUGAAUUUCACAGAAACAUGAGUCAACACUAUGCCAAUCCCAAUAAUACUUGUUUUCAAUAUUUGAAAUCUGACGCAUUUUGUAAUUAUGGUCAUUCAAAUGCUCUCGCGCCGUGGAACAAGUCAACAUGGAUGAAUGUAUCAUCAUCACCACCACCACUAAUACUCGAUAGUGAUCUUCAAAUUCCACUCAUUUAUGGAAAUUCUCUACUGAUUCAACCCUCCCUUAAUUCAUGGAUUUGUUAUUGUGGAAAUUCAAAAUAUGGUUUCAAAUGUGAUUACUUUUCUACGACUUUUAUUGGAUUCACUUUUCAAGCGUAUCCAGUGAUUGCAUUUGUUUUACCUCUUUUUUUAAUUUUUGUGCAUAUUGGAUGCGUGAUUGUUCCAUCUUUUUAUAGAGGAAUUUUGAAAGUGAAAGAUCAUAUGAAACAUCGAAUGGUUAAAUUUUAUAGAGCUUUCUAUGAUGAAUUCUUUACAUUGAAUUGGUUGGCCUAUAUUUGUAUUAUACUUCAUUUGGUAUUUCUAUCUUUGGAAAAUUUGUUUGCAAUUGCCACGAGUCAAAUGUUUCAAUUGAAAUCGACAAUGGGUUCUGGAUUUUUUAGAGCCAUUCACUUGUUAUGGAUCUUUACAGCUCUCUUUUCAACCUUUGUGAUUUGGUUUAAUUUAUUGAUGGGUGUGAACAAGGGAUCCAAAUCUACCAAUCGCAUCAGCAGUCAUGCAAGUGCGAGUGUCAUUGUGUUACAUCCUGCUCUCAAAAUUCUAGUUCUCAUCUUUGCUGCACUCUUCCUUUUAUUGUUAAUUUUACCAAUUGUAUAUCUUGCCAUUCCAUCCAUUGCCAAAAUAUUCAAUUUAACCUUCUUUUCUCUUAGUCUGGCCAUUACCAUUGUAUUUGUGAGUGGAUUCUUUAUAUUUGGAGCACGUUUGUACUUGUUGUUGAGAAAGGCGAAUCAUCUCUCAAUUUUUCAAAUCAAAUUUACGAGAGCCAUCAUGUUCUUGACCGUUGUGGCAGCCUUAGUGUUCAUUGAAAUUGUUUUAAUCAUGAUUGAGUAUGGAUCUGGACAGGUCAUGUUGGGAUUAUUCUAUCGAUCGGUGAAUUUCAAUAUAAUGGAUGUGACGUGUUGUUUGGUAACUAUUGGAAUGAUUUACUUGUUUACUCCCAUUGAGGAUUUGAAACAAUUGUAUGGUGUGAAUUGUUGUUUGGAGAGGUUGAGGAGGUUAAAGGGAAGGGCCACUUCUACUCAUAAUAAUAAUACAAGUAGUAGUAUUGGUAAUAAUAAUACGAUUGAUAAUAGUAGUAAUAAUAGGGAAUUGCCAUUGACAACAACAACAACGACGAUGAGUAAUUUGUAG